GGAGCGUCGUCACAGCUGAUACAAAACGGGGUUUGGACUAAGAGCAAAACUCUUCUUGGUAGUAGUAUUGCAUGGGAACUUCUGGCCAGCGAUUAAAUUUUAUGGGCAGUAGGUGUGUACCUUGGUAUAGAUUUGUUUCUUUCAUUUGUGCUUACAAACCCUCUGCUUUAGUCUCCUUCCAAAAGUUAUCCAGUGGUGCUUUGUGGCAGGGGUGCCAGGAUGGUAGAUGGGUAUUCUCCACGCCGUUUUCACAGAGAGAAUCCUGGCUGUAGGAUCACUAAAGUAAGUAGUGUAACAGGUUUGUUUUCCUGGGCAACUCCAGUGAAUUCUGAAGGCGAUCAUCAGAUUACCUUUCAACCAACUGUAUUCAUUACCCAAAUUUGAUUCGAGUGUGUUGGUUCUAGCUGUAUUUCUGCCUGCAGCAGAAGCCAGACAAACUCCUUCCUGCUGUGCUAGCAGAGGAUUUGGUCUGCUGGGCAUUACUGAGCUAUGAGGACACGGUGGUGUGCAGGGGAAGGAGACGCCGCGGCGGUGGGAAGCAAGCAGCACGGAGGUGGACGGUGCACCUCAAAAGACGCGGUGCGGCGGAGCGGUGCACCCCGGCGUCUGCAAGGGGACGGGAACGUGCUGUGCUGUUGCUGUGAACACUGCUGCAGAGGCGAGGGACGUCAGGAUGCGUGCAGGGUGACUUCAUCCGGACCCGCAGAGCCGGCGCAUGGGAAGUAGCUGGUUGUUAACAUCCCAGUGAACACUGUAAUCAUAUUUGAUACGGGACAAAGUAUUUAAUGGCCCAUAUAAAAGCAUUCUGGUUGUUUAAUUGGAAAUGUCUUGCUGUUUUACAUAGACCUCGUGCCCUAUUUUUAUGAGAUUUAGAAUUGUGCCGAGAAAUUGUUUCCAUGGAAGCAGAGAUCACUAAAGAAAUAAUGCACUCCACAUUUCCUACAGGAUUAUUCCUUUUACAGCCUGCUGUUCUAAAGAAUUAACCCUUGUAGUGCCAUUACAGCUUAGCACAGAUUAAAGGAAAUAAUACUUUUUAUUUUUUUAGUGUCAUAGAGGCAUUACGUAUCUAUAUUUUUAUACAUAUAAAUAUCUAUGUAUAUAGAUAUUUGGAAAGACUUUUGUCUUUAAAAUAAGUCUGUCCUCUCCUUAUUUACAGAGGGCAAAAUCCACCAGCACAAAAAAGUCAAGAGAAAAGUGCACUUUCAUUUUGGCAACUUAUGCAAUUUUAUCAGGAAAACUUAAAAUUAUUCCUUCUUUGCCCUUCUCUUGCCACUGUUCUACACUUUUUGCUCGGUGAUGGGUAUAUUGUAAAACUGUCAUUGUGCUUCUGGCUACCUUUGAGGGAAGAGACAAUGCAGUUUUUAAUUAAGGUAACAGCAAUGAGAAUCUUCCACUGGUAGGGAAAACAGACCAUCUCAUUUAGUUACCUAUGGUUUUUCUUCCAUAUAUUACUUCUGACAAACCUCUUUUUCCUCUAAAGUGUCCGUAAAAAGGGGAAACUAUCAAAUGAUAACAUGAGGCUGAGACAAAGCAUGAAUAUCUGUCAACAGCAUACGAGCACAGUGCCAUUUACUAAAAAGUCCUGUUACUGCCUGUCCGUAUGGUGCUUUCUAAGCACAAGGGCAGCGCAGCUCUCAGCCGUAUAGAAACGGCCAUCGCUUCACUGAAGCUGGUUUGCAAGCUGUAACUUUACAGCAGUUGAGGCUCUCUCCUCCAGAGAGAAGAAAAAGAAAACUUACUCUUGCUAGAGUUCAUAAUGUGAAAUAAAAGACAAGAUAUGAGUACGUAGGUGACAGUUAAAUGGAUUUUGACUUUGAAGGAGGAAUGUGGAAUUUCAAAAAAAAGCAGUUAUUAUAGGUAAAUUAAUGACUUAGAAAUUAAAAAUGAGAAAAGAGUUACUAAACUCUUAUCAAAGAAUCAUUAAUAUGACAACUUGAAAUACCUAGCAAUUUUAAUAAUUAUUUUAGCUGUAGAUCUCAAUUACAGGCAACUACUAUUACUUUUAUCUAAAGGAAGGGGAAACGGAGACGUGUGAUUAUGUGCUAUAAAGGAGCCAGGAAUAAUUUGAAGAACUUGUCUCAUCUUUGCUCCCUCAAGUAGCAUGUGUUUCUGUAGCUUAUUUAGAAAUAGGUUUAGCUGCAAAGUUCAACUCCAGAUUGUGCCUUUCUCUAGUGGUAGAGGGUAUUUACAUCUGGACCUCUAAUAUUAAACCUAUACUGUGUUAUAAAUACUCACUGGCGGCCAGGGUAACUUCCCACUGUUUACACGGACACAUGCCAUCGCUGCAAGUAGCCCAGCUUGCAUUGAUUUGAAGCAGGGCAGGCCCUCAGGAAAACAGCAGCACAGGUAAAAAGAGCCGAUGGCAAGGCAGUGUGCAAGUUGCGUGGAUGGGAGAAGGGCGUAUAUGCUGUUCUGUGGUGGUUACUUGUUGCAAAAUAAUGAUUUAUAAAGUGUCUGACAGUGUUUGACAAAUCGGAUGAAUGGGACUUGCUUAAUGCAAACUGGAAAAUAUCUUUCAGCUGCUGCCGAAACACGUGGAAAUGGUUAACUCGUGCUUUUAGAUCAUUAGGACACUUGGGAGCUACUGGAGUGUACUGCGAAAGGCAUUACUCAAAGUUCAGAUUGAAAAAUUUCUUCAGAAACGGCUAACAACUUUGUAAGGGUAAUGCAAGCAUGAAAAUCAUCAUUCUUAGUACUGCCUUGGGAUGAGAGUGUGCCAAAGGAGAGCGGGGAGAGAAGCUUUCCGUGCUGGAACAUGAGGCUGCGCUCCUGUGCUCUGUAAGUAGGAGAGCAGCCAUCAAACUGCUGAACAGCCGUUCCUCCUGAAUUGGCAGCUACUCCAGGCAGCAAACAUAAAACUCCAAAAGGCUUUAUUUUAUAAAUAUAGGAAAGUAGAAUGGAGGAAGUCCAUAACUGAUAAGACUCUAGAGAGCGGAAUGAUACAGAAGCUAUGUGAUGGAAGACACAGGAAAAACCAUGAUGAAGGGGAGGAGUAGGAUUUCUUCCAACAGAAAUGGGAGAAAUUCCUUAAACAUGCAUUUGCACAGUCCAUAUAAAGUGUGAAGAAGAAAAAGGGCAAGCUGCUUGUGCUUUAAUCCAUAGGGGAAGCCCAAGGUAGGAGCUAUGGUUCAGGUUGGCUUUUGUCUCUUCCCUGUUGUUUCCUCAUCAAGAGGGGAGGCAGGCAUCGGCACCACUCCUUGAGAAGUAACAGAUGAAUGUGCAGCUUGUUGACUUCUCUAGGGUUUGGGUAUGAGAUGCCAGUUGUUUUGGAAGGAGAACCUGUUUCGUGGGUCUGAUUUGAAUCUUGAUAAAGGGAGCAGCACACCAGUGUGUAGAAACGAGCAGACUCCAUGAAUGGAUUAAAGCUUCAGAUACUGUCUCUUAUCACUUGGGACUUUAUCGACACUUUUCACCUGCAAUAUGGAGCCUCUGUUUGGGGUUUUGCUGGGUUUGAUUCUGGCGGUAGCUUCAUCAGCAGAGAACAACUGUACCUGCGCGACCAACAAGUGGACGGUAUGUGCCCAGGACGCAUCUGGGAACUGCACCUGCGUGCUGGUAGGUUCAAAUCACAAGGUAGACUGUUCAACACUGACUUCAAAAUGCUUGCUGAUGAAGGCAGAAAUGAUCCCCCUGAAGGAGAAGCGCUUCAGGGGCCGUCCCCGUGGGCUGUUAGAUAAUGAUGGCAUUUACAAUCCAGACUGUGAGGACAGUGGUAUCUUCAAAGCCAGGCAGUGCAAUCAAACUGAUACUUGCUGGUGUGUGAACACUGCUGGAGUAAGAAGAACUGAAAAGGGUGGCAAAAGCCUGAGUUGUAGUGAACUGGUUAGAACAAGAUGGAUCUACAUUGAACUGAAGCACAAAAAAAGGUCCAGUGCUUUCGAUGUUCCUGAGGUAGCAAACGCCCUGAAACAUCUGUUUGAGAGCCGAUACAAACUGCACCCCAAGUACAUCGCAGCCAUUAAGUAUGAUUCCCCACUUAUCCGAAUUGGCCUGAACCAGAAUGACUCUGAGAAAUCUAGGUAUGACAUAGAUAUAGCUCAUGUAGCCUAUUACUUUGAAAAAGAUAUAAAAGAUGACUCCGUAUUUCAUUCCAACAGUACAUUAACUGUCUCUGUCAAUGGAGAUGCUCUGGAUAUUGAAAAACUACGGAUUUACUAUGUUGAUGAAAAGCCACCAGAGUUUUGCAUGAGACAACUGGUUUCUGGCAUUAGUGCUGUGGUGACAGUGGUGAUACUGACCGCUGGCUUUGGCAUCACUGUGCUGGUUGUUCUGAAGUGGCUGCGGACAAGAAAAUAUGAGAAAGUUGAGAUUAAAGAAAUGGGUGAAAUAAGAGCACCAAGCUUACAGCUGCCCUGAUCUGAAAAAAGAAAGGCAACAACAGGAAGAAAAGAAGAAAGAAAAAAAAAACACAAAAUACAAAUAGGAAACAGACUCGGUGUAUGUGGAUGGAUCUGGAGAGUUGUUUUCCUUUUUACAGGAAUUUGUACAGUGAUAAUUCUAAAUUAUUCUAGUUUAGUAAGAAUGAAUUUUUUGGUUUUGGGUAUAAACUAAUUUGGGAAUCAAGUUACCUAAAUAUUUUAAAUGUGUCCCAAUUUAGAGGCUAAGAAAAUUGUUACAGUUUUCUAUUUAGCAUAAUGUAGAAUGCUUUCACUAGUACUGCAGGCCUGGUUCAGCUUGCUUAAAUACUCUUUGAGUGGUCUUGGUAUAUCUACUUAUCAAAAUUCAAAUACUUGCCUUGGCAUGAUUGGGUUAGAUAGCUGCUUUUCUGUUGGUAAAGACUUUUUUAAAAUGUGGGUUGUUUUUAAAGUUGCUAGAACUUUUUUUUAAUCAACAAAUAAUUUCAUAAAUACUACUCAAUAACCAAAUAAGGUUUUGAUAAGAUAUUCUACAGCUCCAGAGGCUUUUAUACAGAGUCAUUUGUUAGGAAACAUUCCCACGGUCACUUCCAGGUGCGGAGUUUCUGAGUUUGUAUUCAGGCAGCACGGUGAGCUAUUCCCACGUGUGCUCUUUAACAAGGGUCUGACAGUCCUAGUCAGCAAAGAUCCCUUGAUCCCAAUGCAAGUGUAAGUUAACCUUGGUGUUCCACCCAAAUUCAAACUCUGGUAAUAGCUUUCUGUCUACCUAAAUUCCCCUUGCAAUUUUAAUGGGAGGAGAUAUUUUUCAGUGUUGUACAGCUUCACAAGAAUACUACACAAUGCUUAAGGACAAGCUGAAAAAGAACUUUAUUCUAGCAGAGCUGCAGGGGGAAUUUAAGAGCAGAGUGUAAUUACUGAAGUUGGAAUUUGGCCAAGACACUAGAACUGGACUUCUUUGCUACGUACUCAUCUGCUGUGUUCCUUGUCUGAGAGGUCAUAUCCACCAUGAAGGACAUUUUAAAGAAAAUAAUGCUAGUUGUUAAAUGUUGAAAUUUUGGCAGUUAUAUUCUCCGUACUGCAUAUGGAUGUCUGAAGCCCCAUCAGUCUAAUCUGCUUUGUUCACAAUGAGACUGCUACACCUAGGCACUGCAGCAGGGUCAGCUCUUUUAUUCUGCUAAUUAGUUUCAACAUUACUAGUUUGUAAUUGUAAUAACAGUCAGUAAUGCGCUGCUUCUAGGACAAACUAUUAAAUAUGCAUCUCUGAUGCGUAUUUCACUGAAAAAAGUGAAGAUGCUUUGAUUCUGUUUCUGCCUUUGUUUAUAUGGAAGAGACUUGCUGUUUGGGGGGGUGGAGGUGUUUGUUUGUUUAGUAAUUUUUGGCUCAACAUACACCAUUUCCAUUUAACCUCAUUCUUGUUCACUUACGUGCUGGAAGUAUUUUGACUUUGGAUACAUAGAAUGGGGCAGAUGCAUCAUGUUUCCCCAAAAUAAGAUUUUUAUGCAGUUGCAUCAGCGGUAUUAGUACAUUCAAAAAAUUUUGGAGCAGGGUCUAUAAUUUAAUUGUGUGCCUUACAGCAACAGGUCCAAGCUGGUUGUUUUUCAGUCAAGUAUGUACAUUAGUACUGAUAGGAGAUGAAGUGAGAAUUUAAUAUCUAGGCUGAAUUUUCCCAAGUCAUAGGAAAAUUCAGAACUUAGCCUAACUCCACACAAUUUUGCAACUAGGUUUCUAUAAAAUGGAUUAAAUUAAAAAUCUGGAGCUGAGUAGCCCUCAGUGCUGAGGAAAUGUAGGAUGACAAUAAAAAUUUUCCAAGUACAUUGCUUAACCACUUUCUUAACUUAUGCAGAGCUGAUAAAAGCUAUGUGUUUGAGAGGUUGGUGCUGUCCUUCCAUCAGAGAAGAUCCUGAGAUGUGCAGUCUUUUCUGGGGAUCUACUGUGGCUUUCAACAUUCUUUUAAAAUCACUGCAUUUUUCUCAUUUCUGUCAUAAGAAAAAAAAUUAUUUUCAAGGUAAAUGAUGAGCUUUUAUAUUAGAAUAUUAACAUGUAGGCAUAAUUUUGAUUAUGAGAGGCAAAAGUGACUAAUUGUUGAAAAAAUCUUAACAGGUAACAGUUUCAGCAUCUUUGACUCCUGCUUUUCUUUUUAGAAGCUGAGAUUGAGAAGAGAGGCUGUUGUGAUGCCUUUCAUAUUUUUAUUAAUCAUUAAAGGACUGCUGCAUGAAAAUCGUGUUGUGGUCAGUUAUUUUCUUGCUAGUCAUCACCACCAGCAGACUGCAUGCUGCUAGGGGACUGGAAAUGCACUAGGGUCAUUUAAUAGGAGUGGUAAGGUACGUGUCUGCAAUUAAUCAAAAGAAUGGGAAGAUUAAUUGCAGUGCAGAGCUCAGAGAACCUCUCUUUGGACUAGAUCAUUCUACUUGAAUAAAGCUAUGUAAAGCUACUGUAGGAUCUGGACUUUAAUAAACCAAAUAUACCCAUUGGUCCUGCUAAGCACUCCUUUCUUUCCUGCUGCUCCAGUCAUACCACCUCUCAGGCUAUAUAUUAGUAUCUUUUUUGCAGAUGGUAGAUCAAGUAUUUUACUGUAACAGUCCAUGAUGUUCAGCUUGUUUGACUUUCCAUCCACUGCCGAU